AACUCGCGGCAGUCGCGCUGUGGCAUCGUCGUGUGCGUGCAGUGUGCUGUGACGUCGCGCCGCUUCCUUGGCGACCCUCGACAUGAAAGUCGACCUGUCUGUCUGUGAUCGUUCUGGGUUGUGACACAUGCAUGUGCGUGCCGCCUCCAGAGAUGGCCCUCCCUUUGACCUGUUCGAAGCGCGUCAAGGAGGUCCUCGCCGACCAGCACCUGGACCUCAUGGCCAACAAGAUCCUGGCCCCCGUCAAGACUGAGCAGCAGAUCCUGGAGAACUCGAUGCUGGAGGACGACCCCAACGCCAACUGCGCCGUCACCCAGGAGGAGAAGACCCGGCCGAGGUGGGGACCCCAGCAUAAGGGCGCCCAGGAGCUGGCCAACCUCUACAGCACCGGUAAACGAACGCAAGAAUGUAUCUGCGUGGGAAUUUGUAUGACACUAAUGGUAGUCAAUUUUUUCUUCAUUAUAUUCCAUGUCCGAAUCGAUAAUUUGAGUACAAUACUAGUAGCGGCUUUCUGUGGAAUCGUCACAGCAGAUUUUGGAUCAGGGUUAGUCCACUGGGCUGCCGACACUUGGGGCUCCGUGGAACUGCCAAUUCUAGGCAAAAAUUUCCUUCGUCCGUUCCGCGAACACCACAUAGACCCGACGUCCAUUACCCGUCACGACUUCAUCGAAACCAACGGUGAUAAUUUCAUGGUAACCAUUCCCUUUUUGGCGCGCAUGGUCUGGGACUUCUUGACUCUGUCCGAAGACGACGUCCAGAAGAAGUUCACUUGGAACUGCUACGUGUUCCUUUUGGCGCUCUUUGUCGCGAUGACCAAUCAGAUUCACAAGUGGUCCCACACCUACUUCGGCCUGCCCGGUUGGGUGGUGUGGCUGCAAGAGUGCCACGUGAUCCUGCCCCGGCGGCACCACCGCAUCCAUCACGUCGCCCCCCACGAAACCUAUUUCUGCAUAACGACCGGCUGGCUGAAUUGGCCUUUGGAGAAAUUGCGCUUUUGGAGCAUAUUGGAGGCGGUUAUUGAGCAGACCACCGGCUGCAAACCCCGUGCUGACGACAUGAAAUGGGCACAAAAGGGAACGUGAUAUAUUUUUUUCGUCUGCUUUCAGAUAAACUCACAUCUCACUCAGGUCUCUUCACGAACUGCUUUCUGUGAAGCUUUGUUGUCGAACGUGUUCGUUAUGCGUUAUUGUGUGUAAUUUAUUGAAAUGUUGAGUUGUUUCGUUUUGCUACGGCCAGUCGUUUUGUAAGUUACUUUCGGUGUAGCGGUCUGACACUUGAUGUGUAACAAUUGCCAAAUCAUCGUUUACUUAAUUGAAUUUUGAUGCCAUGUAUGAUAUGGUGAUAGUAAGUGAACACCACACUUUUGUUUAAUAAAAGUACAUAUUUUUAAUAAGAAGUGCCUAAUUUAAAGAUUUACAACGACAUAUUGUGAUUAUGAUGGAAUACACAAAAUCAAAAUUUUUAAAAUUAUUAUAUUUAUGCGAUAUAGUGAUUGUUGAGUUAGUUAGUUUUAGUUAGAUAUUUGUAUUUAGGGACCAGUAGGCUUUGCGCCUAUUUUUUUAAAUAAUGUACGAUUCUAACAUAGAUUUGUUUGUAUUUUAGCUUUAAUUGUUGCUGCAGCCACUUUUAGACAGUUCUGGGAUAGGAACUAUUGGUGUUUAAAUUAUAUCUCCUAGUUAAGUUACUGCUUAGUGGUCAUUUUGCAAUAUUUUAAUUCUUUAGGUAAUAAAAAACUAGUCUCAAACACUACUCUCCAAGAGUAAUCUAAAAUGCACUACCAAAGUAGUUAGUAUUAAGUCAUUGUUUUAAAAAUAUAUAAUGUUCAUAAACACGCUUAUUAAAAAGCCUUAAGGGUAUCAUAUCCUGUACAACUUAUGAUUAGACUAAGAUUUAUUAUAUAAGAAUAAGAAGCGACUCAUAGUUGAUAUCUUUUUGUUUUGCAAACGCGACGAUUUUAUAAAAUGUUAUAGUUAUUUAUUUAUAUAUUAAAAAUGUUUCAUUUGUUUUCAAUAAAUAUCAGCUGUGUCUUACUGAGAUUUUAUAAAGCUCAGCGUAGUCUGUUUAAGAAAGAAUUGUAAAACUGUCUUGUUUAGGCCGCGCAGUGAUCAAACGACAUUUCUCAUCCAAAAAUACGUAAUGUUAUUACCGAAUUCAGCGUAAAAUAUGUUCAUACGACUGAAUUAACUAAUAUUGUGAUGUAUCCCAUGUAACUUUAAACGAUUCCGCACUGACACUACAUUCUUUUGGUCAAAAUCGGUGCGAAUCGUUUACAAGAACGAACGGAAUCUGAUUGGCCGAAUCACCACAUUCCAAACAGAUAUACCAAUUAUAUUCUACUCUGUGAUUGUGAAAUUGCAAUAAAACGCAGCUAUUGUUAUAAUUUAAGACAUGCUGCAAACUGCGACAGUUUAAAGUUUAAACGUGUGAUAAGAGGAUGAGAAGCUCCGUAUUUUAUACGUGGAGUAGAUGCAGUCGUUUUAUACAAUAAACUUGCUUGCAUUUUAA